AUGCCUAGAUGCAUCCAUCGCGAAACCUUCUUCAAGGUUCCAGACCAGGAGGGGGUCCAGAAGUUGCUUGAGGCAUACAGGGUACUGGAAAAGAACCAGAAUAGGAACGGAAAGCCUUAUAUCCUCAAUCUCCGCGCCGAGCAGGUUCUGGAUGAUCCUCGGUCCAAGGGCUACACCGUUAUGGCAAAAAUGACGUUCAGAGACCGAGAAGACAUGCAGUACUUUGAUGGCUGGUGUGAGGCCCACGAGACGCUUAAGAAGACGGCAAUGGAGGUCACCACGGAGCGGCCGCUCGUGAUCGGGUUCAAAGGGGAGGAAAUGGCGGACAUUCCGCCCGCGGAGAGAGCAGAGGAAGGUUCGGCCAAGACCCGUACCAACUCAACAGACUCAAUUACCGGCCCGUAG